AUGACUGUGCUGCACUCACAGAGCCACAAAACCUGCAGGUGGGGGGGUGAACAGGAGAAGCAGUCUGACCAGUACUGCAGUAACCAUCACCCAGCCUAUUAUCACGGAUUAAUUGGCACUGUCUGGAAAACCGCAGAAGAAAUUAAUCAUGAAAGAAUGCAGACUACACAAGAACCAAGGCAAACCAGAAGUUUCCAGCCUCCAUCCCAAAAACAACGCAAGUGUCACCCGCGCUUGUUUCAAAGUAACGCGACCACCCGCCGUCAGAGCACCCGGGCAACCCGAGCUCCUGCCUUUCAGGGCUUAAGGGACGGGCGUCGAUUCCCUCCCUGCCUCGGGGGAAGCCCUGCUGGCAGCCGGGCUCCGCGGGGCGGGGGCACUGCGGCCAGAGAGGCGCUGGAGAAAGGGGAGGUUCCCGUGGGCUGCCUGCUGGUCUACGACGGCGAGGUGAUAGGCAGGGGCAGGAACGAGGUCAACGAGACCCCCCAGGCUACUCGACAUGCAGAAAUGGUGGCAAUCGACCGGGUCCUUGACUGGUGCAAGCAACACGAGAGGGAUUAUAGGGAAGUGUUUCCACAGCUGGUGUUGUAUGUAACUGUAGAGCCCUGUAUCAUGUGUGCAGCUGCCCUGCGCUUGAUGAAAAUUCCACGGGUUGUGUAUGGCUGUCGAAAUGAGCGAUUUGGAGGCUGUGGCUCCGUUUUGAGCAUCUCAUCUGAUGCUAUGGUGGACUCAGGAGACCCAUUUGAAUGCUCUUCUGGCUAUCGUGCUGAAGAAGCAGUGGAAUUGUUAAAAGCUUUCUACAGACAAGAAAAUCCCAAUGCACCAAAAUCAAAAGUACGGAAGAAGGAUCGUCGUCAGUAGCCCUACACUGGUGGGACACAGAAACUUACCAAGAAAUUAUAUGUGAAGGUUUCUUCACCAUGCUGCUUUUUAAAAAUGUGCAGUUCAAUCAAGCUAUGUUUAAUAUUCUGUACAGAGUUUUUACUAAUAGAAUACUUAGUACCUGUUCCUGCGUUUCUGUAUUUAUGAUUUCUUGUUAUCAUAGCAAAAAAAAAGAGUAAAUGGCUGUUUUUAGAAAGAGGGAAAUUGGUGGUUCAAGUCCACUUGUUUACAAACAGAUCCAUUAAAAUGGUGCUUUUGUACA